UUUCUCAUAAGGAGGAGAGGAAGAUCAGAGUAAGUGAACCAAUAGACAAGAUGACGACGACGACUUCAGACAACAAGCGUAAACGCGAGACUACUCUCAGAGACGUUCGACAAUCUUCUCCGGUACUACUGACAGAUGAGCAGAGGAAGAGGACAGAAGAGAACCAAAAGAAAACUGUUUAGAGCGAUUGUGUCUUCCCGGAAACUCUUGACCCUAAUAUGUCUUGGGAAGAAUAUAAGGCUGAAAUUAAGAAAUUCCGGCUAGAAACACAAAAAAAAACGGGAGGAAGAACGAAAGGUUUUGAUGGAACAAGAAGCGCCACUGCUUGAGAAUCAGAGGCGAGAAGCCAAAAAAAGGGAAACCAUUCAAGCCAGAGAGAUGGGGACGUACUUUAAGAACAACCCGUUAAAUAAGAAAUCUUUUAAAUCGGAUAUUGAAAGAUACAGUACCAUCUGCGUUUUCACUUUCGCUUAUGCAAAGCAUGAAAGUCCCGAGUACAAGAAGUUCAUCGAAUCUCUCAACGACGGCAAUUCCUACAAGGUUUAUUUUGGACGUAGAGGAUCUUUGUCAAGAAUUGUUGGACUGGUCUCAGAAGCUGAGCUCGAUCCUGAACUCAAACCUGGAGACAGAGGAUAUAAAACUAAAGAAUUGCGACCUGAUGCUUAGUGGUUACGAUGAUGUCGGUGUUCUUUUAACUGACAAAACUAAAGACGAGGUACUCAGGAAGUUUGAGGAAUAUAGAGAAUGCGACUUCCUAAAGCUAGGCCAGACACCAAUGGAACCGCUGGUAUUUGAGAAAGAUGAUGAUCUGCCUUUACCUCCCGGUUCAGAGACUUCUCAAAAAAAAGAUGUUUACUUAUGUCCUCGCGCCAUUAUGCUGCUGGAGUGCCUCCACUGGAAAAGUUGAAUAUAUUCAUUUGGAUCCGCCUAGAUGUCGUAAAUUGGGGAUCCUGGCUAAGCAGGCAGAUGUUUCAGAUGAGGAUCAUGUCAAGGGUGAAGAUUGGUGAAUUUUGGUUCACUCUGCAUAAAACUAAAUUAAGAACAUUCAGUAUAUGUUGGUUUGUCAAGGGCGAACAUCGGUGAAUUUUUGGUUCACUCCGUGUUAAGCUAAAUUAAGAACAUUUGUAGGUUUUUCAUGUUUACUGCUACACAACGUCCAU